UUUUCCUACCCGAUCCACUCGUUCGAACAUGGCUCUUUGAUAACGCUGGAAUUCGGCUUAAAUCCCCAAUGCUGGGGCUGUUCUUGGUCUGGCCAAGUCCCUGGAAUAAAUUACAGAGUACAGCGCAUCGCCCUUGAUCGUUUUGAAUCAUCUCUCAUGCUCCAUCAAAUUCUCUGACAUUAUACUCCUCAUCAUGGCACCCUCUGUCCGUACCCUAGAUCUUCACAACACAACCUCUGCCUAUUUUGCACCGGCCACCAUCACAUCCAGUGCAGAGACCAUCCAUGUUGCAGGCCAAGUCGGUAUUAAUUCGCAGGGAAAGGCGCCAGCGGACUACGAGUCUCAAAUCCAUCUAGCUCUUUUGAACCUACACCGAAUCAUCGUCGCAGGCGGCGCAUCAAUCCGAGAUAUUGUCAAGUUGAACUUGUACAUUGUCAACUACAAUCCCAACCGACGCAGCCAUGCCAGACACAUCCAGAAAUUCCUUGGGUCCCACCGUCCCGCCAUUACGCUGGUCCCGGUUGCACAACUGGCCGCUCCAGAGUGGCUUUUCGAAGUGGACGCCGUCGUCGCCAAACGGUCUAAACCCCUCUCUACAGCUCUGAAGAUACCUCAGACCACGUACGACGUGGUCGUUCUCGGUGCAGGUCUAGCAGGCCUCACGGCCGCCGAGCAUGUCGUUAGAUCCGGAUAUUCCUGCCUAGUUCUCGAAGCGAGAGAUCGCGUAGGAGGACGAACUUGGAGUGCCGCGCUCCCUGGUGGCGGUGGCAUCGUGGACUUGGGUGCCGCUUGGAUCAAUGAUACAAACCAGUCUCGCAUCUACCAAUUGGCUCGUAGAGCCAACGCGGAGCUCAUUGAACAGAACACAACCGGUAGUUGCGUUCUCCACGACUUUAACGGCGAUACCUAUACAUUUAAAUAUGGCGAGAUGCCGUUUGAUUCUCAAACACAAAAACAUUUGAUCGAGAUCCGUGAUAUAGCCGAGUCAGACUGCCAAAAGUUGGACUGUGCUCAACCACAGGAUACUGCACUAGAUUCCAUGACGUUCCUCGCCUACUUGCAGUCUCGCAAUGCCAGCCCUAGGGCCAUUGCCACUGCGACCGUCUGGACGCGUGCUAUGCUUGGUCAUGAGCCGCAGGACCUCUCAGCCUUGUACUUCCUCAACUACUGCAAAUCCGGUGGGGGUUUGAUCCAGAUGCGGUCUGACCGAAAAGAUGGGGCACAAUAUCUGCGCAUUCGACAGGGUACUCAGAUCUUUGCGGAAACUAUCGCGAGUGCGCUCCCUGCAGACACGGUGCAGCUCUCAAGCCCUGUAACGGCAGUCCAUCAGGUCCAGAAGGAUCGUCUCGUUGUACAAAGUGCCAACCAUGCGAUUACAGCACGCAAAGUAAUCUCGGCACUUCCCUCCACAGUGCUUCAGACCAUUGAUUUCCAGCCCCCUCUUCCAGCCCGGAAGACCUUAUUGACAAAUUCGUUCCGUUACGGAUACUAUACGAAGGUUAUGAUGGUGUUCAAGUCAGCUUGGUGGGUGGAGAAGGGAUUCUGCGGUCUGGUCCAGUCCAUGAAGGGUCCCGUGGCUGUUUUCCGGGACUCGAGUAUUCCGAAAGACAAGAAAUGGGUCUUGACCUGUUUUCUGGCCGGUGAUUUGGGCAAGCAGUGGUCACAGCUGGAGCCUGCGGCUCGUGUGAACACUAUUUUAGAACAACUCGGGGAGGUUUACGCUGACCCUGCUGGAAUUCGCGAAGCUUACGUCGACUCGAUUGGCCACGAAUGGAUGGCAGAGGAAUAUUCAGGCUAUGGAUGCCCGUGUCCAGCUCUUCCGCCGGGGGUGUUAGACACCGUUGGAGAUAGUCUCCGAGAAUCGUUCGGUGACAUUCACUUUGCCGGAACUGAAACAGCUGAAGAAUGGAAGGGAUAUAUGGAGGGAGCGGUUCGAAGUGGUGAGCGAGGCGCGAAGGAGGCUAUCAAGGGUUUAGAAACCACAGUGGCUCGUCUGUAGAUCAGGAUUUAA